CUAGUGUAUCUUUCACAAACCUAAGCCAAUCACAAAACCCUUGAUUAGUUUUGGCUCACUCCAUCUAAAAUCAACACCCCAUUAUCUCCAUAUUCCAUUAGAAUUGUGACAAUGGCUUCUUACAACAGCUUCAAGACCCUGCCAAUCCUAGCUCUUGCACUUGCUUUCUGUGUCCAAGGCACUCUAGGAGGAAUUGCAUGUGAGAAUCUGAACCAAGACUCUUGUUCAUUUGCGGUAUCAUCUUCCGGCAAGCGCUGCGUGCUUGAGAAGAAUGUUCGCCGGAGCGGGGAGGAAGCUUACACAUGCGGUACAUCGGAGAUCGAGGCUGACAAGUUGAAGGACUGGAUUGAGACUGACCAGUGCAUCGAAGCAUGUGGGCUUGACAGAAAUGCACUUGGAAUCUCCUCAGACUCUCUGCUCGAGUCUCCCUUCAUUCAAAAGCUCUGCUCGCCUCUCUGCUACGAUAGCUGCCCCAACAUUGUCGAUCUCUACUUCAAUCUCGCUGCUGGCGAAGGUGUAUUUCUUCCAAAAUUAUGUGAAGCACAAGGUGAAAAUGGACGUCGUGAAAUGGCUGAGAUCAAGAGCUCUGGAUAUGUUGCGCCUGCGCCUGAAUCCGGAGGGGUGCUGCCUGUGACGUUCUUGAAUGCGCCGGCAAUGGCUCCAGCUUACUGAUUUUCAGCAUAAUUUAUAUAUACUAUAUUAGGAUUUGGUUUGCAGUUAGUUCAAUUUAGGUUUUUGGUUCCCAUCUGUGUGGAUGCAGAGAGAGGAAAUAUAUAAUCACCAAACAAAUAAAAUCAAUAAGGUGGAGUGUGUAGGCGGAUCAAUUAUGACAUUCCAUUGCUUGUAAACUGUAAUGCAUCAUUAAACACUCUCAUGUUGUACUUGGUUGUGAUGGAUUUGAGAGAUAUAUGAAAUUAAAUUUAUGGUUA